AUGGCGGCGGUGGAUAUCCAAGAUAAUCUGCUGGGAAUCUCUUGGGUUGACAGUACCUGGAUCCCCAUUUUGAACAGUGGUAGUGUUUUGGAUUACUUCUCAGAAAGAAGCAAUCCUUUUUACGACAGGACGUGUAAUAAUGAAGUGGUCAAAAUGCAAAGACUAACAUUAGAACACUUAAAUCAGAUGGUUGGAGUGGAAUACAUCCUUUUACAUGCACAAGAACCCAUUCUUUUUAUCAUUCGGAAGCAACAGCGGCAGACCCCUACCCAAGGAAAUCACCCUUUCUGUGGGGCUGCAAGCUGAUCCUUAUGGAGAACACUGAGGAAGACCCCAGGAGCAGAUAGGCUAGAAGCAUCGCAAGAGGCACCCCACAGCCCCACUGACCCAGCCUGAUUCUAGAAUUUAGCAGAGCUCCAGGACAGUGAAAAUAAAAUUGGUACAUAUCAAAAAAAAAAAAAAAAAAAAAAAAAAAGAA